AUGGCCAACAUAACCAUUGCAAAUCCUUUGUUCUACAUUAACCAAUUUGACACUCAAAAACCCAUCGAGAGAAGAAGAAGAAGCAGAAGGGGAGGCAAAAAUGGAGCUGAGAUCGGGCAAGAGGAAGCCGGCGAUCUCUCCUUCUUCUUCUUCCUCUUUGAAGCGGCGGCAGCAGAAGCGCGCUCCGACGAUCCCGCGCCGGCGCAGAGAUCGACGAAGCGAAAGCGUGCGAUCUCUUCUUGCACCUCCCCGCGCUCUGCUUUCCUCACUCGUCACUCUGAGUUCAGCUGGUACGAGGAGGACGUUUGGACUGAGGUGGCGAAGUAUUUGGAGGGACAAGAUCUGGUGAGGCUGGGGACCACCAACCGCUGGUUCAACCGGCUGAUGACAGAGCAGAGCAUCUGGAAGUACGCCUGCCUUCGUGAUCUCCAGGUCCCACGCCCCCGCCACGUGUCCUUCAGCUGGAAGCAGCUCUACGUCUCCGCUUUCGAUGGCACUCACUCCUACAGCUUCCGUCAGCAAGAGAAGCACAUAGAUUGGAUAAGGAUCGGGGCUUUCUUCUUCGAUUCACCGGUGGCGCUGCUGAUGGAGAAUCUCGGGUUGCCGAAGACACUGCCGAGGAUUGAGGAUGAUGCUGUGAAGUGCAUUCAGGACCAUGGUUGUUGCUUGUUACCCAACAUUAAAACCGGGAUUUGGAUCGCUGAUUUACAGCUCGUUCGCUGCCCAGUCUGCAACCUCAACUCUUGCGAAGGAACGAUGCAGAUACUGGACGCUAGGCACGCCGAGCUGUUCCUUGAAGAGGGGUAUAAAAGCGGGGCCUGGAAAUACUACGACAUUGGAUCUCUGAAGAUAGCGAAGCCAUGCCGCUCUGCUACUGGGGUUAUUAUUGACCUCAAGCAUUUGAACUCGUGUGGGAGGUUGUUUGAUGUCAAGUCCUGGGUGGGCGCGCCCAGUGAUUGGCAGCCCAAGGCCACGCUCUGCCUUCACGCUGUUGCUGUUAAUACCAACCUCCAGCCCAACGACGGACUGAACGUGAAGUUUCAGGCGAUGAGGAGCAGCGGAGCAGAUGAAAAGGUGGUUUCUAUUAGGAUCUCCCAGCAGCUUAUUUGAUUGGUGAUUGAUUUAGUAUUCUUUUUCCCAUGGAUGGAGGAUAAAAACUAGGAGCGAAGCCUUUAAUAGCGGAUGCCGGCCUUCACAAAAUUCAUAGGUUUAGCCCUAAAUCGUAGUCAUUAGUGGUAUGUAGCUUAGAAAGUAUCUGCUAUUACUUUCCCAUUGUCGUCAGGUAUUUACCCUGUGCGUGUGAUGAUAGCUGUAACGUUCAUUCUUUGAGCUUAUAUAGAUGGGAACUGUUGGUUUAAUGCUAUCCACCAUGGACAAAUUACAUAAGACUAACUAAGAUUUGGUAUUAAUACAUCUGACCCUUUAAUUUGAAAAUAUUCUCACUGCGAGUAUAGAGAGAAUUAACCAGAAAGUCACAUGAGCAGACAGAAACAUGGAGUAAAAAAGUUGGCAUUCUAUGAAAGCAGGACAUCAUCCUCGACGCGACUGUUUCAGAAACAAAACAGUAACUUUGUGUUUUUGAUGAGAUUAAAAAGGU